AAGAGCCAUUCUAGCUUUCUACUACCUAUACAAAUUUUUUACCCGCACCAGGUGCGUUUUUUUGUUCUCUUGUCUGGCUUUUCUGAUUACCACUAUUACUAUUUCCAUGUUAUCAUGCUUUUGCCCUUUCCCUUGUCGUAUACUGUGAUGAGCCUCCCCCUUUUCCCUCUCUCUCUGACCAACCCACCCUCUUCGUCUACCUACCUUCCCACGUACCUCUCAUCUGACCUCGACGCCCGACGCCCCUUUUCACGCAAGGGGAGGCUACCAUUUUUUCCACCUACGAACUACAACCCACCUCCAAGCUACACCACCCUAUCUCCUACUCUCAUGUUUUGAUUCCUAUACAGCUGGCGUUCUGAAACAAGGAUCUGGAUAUAUAUCGAUUUCAUAUUAUACUCUUGUCUAUGUAUGGGUAGGGGGACUCU